AAAAGCACUAGCCCCGUCGUCUCCCACUCCACUCGUCUUGCUCAGUACACACCAAGGCCAUGCCUCGCUUCUCCUCCAGCACGCCAAUGUCGCCACCCCGCCUCCGCCUCCGACUCGGCGGACGCCACUCCUCCUCCACCUCUCAUCCCUCACGCAUCUGGGAUCCCCACGCCGCCUUCGCCACCGGCACGGAGCGGGCGGUAUUUGGCACGCUCACUACGGAGGACGCACACCACCUGUUCGACGAAUUGCUGCGGCAUGGCAAUCCUGUCCAGGAGCGCUCCUUGAAUAACUUUCUAGCUACCCUCGCCCGCGCGCCCACGUCCGCAUCCUGCAGCGACGGCCCCGCCCUAGCCGUCGCCCUCUUCGGCCGUUUGUCCUGAGGCGCCGGACGACGGGUGGCGCAGCCAAAUGUCUUCACCUAUGGCGUCCUCAUGGACUGCUGCUGCCGUGCGCGCCGCCUGGAUCUGGUGAUCGCCUUCUUCGGCCGUCUCCUCAAGACGGGCCUGGAGGCAGACCGAGUCGUUUUCAGCACCCUCCUCAAGGGACUCUGCCAUGCAAAGCGCUCAGAUGAGGCUCUGGACGUGCUGCUUCACAGGAUGCCUGGGCUGGGCUGCACCCCCGGCGUAGUGGCGUAUAACACCGUCAUCCAUGGCUUCUUUAAGGAAGGUCAAGUAGGCAAGGCAUGCAAUCUAUUUCAUGAAAUGGCGCAGCAGGGCGUUAUGCCUGAUGUGGUGACAUAUAGCUCGGUUAUUGAUGCGCUGUGCAAGGCCAGAGCAAUGGACAAGGCAGAGUAUUUCCUUCGUCAGAUGGUUGAUGAUGGUGUCGUACCUAAUAAUGUCACAUAUAAUAGCCUCAUCCAUGGAUAUUCCUCUUCAGGCCAUUGGAAGGAGGCAGUUAGGGUAUUCAAAGAGAUGACAAGUCGGAGGGUUACACCAGAUGUGCAUACUUACAACAUGUUUAUGACCUUUCUUUGCAAACAUGGAAGAAGCAAAGAAGCUGCAGGAAUUUUUGAGACCAUGGCUAUGAAGGGCCUGAAACCUAACAACGUUUCAUAUGCUAUUCUCCUUCAUGGGUAUGCCACUGAAGGAUGCUUAGUUGAUAUGAUUAAUCUCUUCAAUUCAAUGACUAGAGAUGGUAUUCGGCCUAACUGUCACACUUUGAACAUACUGAUUAAUGCAUAUGCUAAAUCUGGCAUGAUGGAUGAGGCUAUGCUUAUCUUUAAAGGAAUGCGGAAACAGGGAGUGAGUCCAGAUGUAGUCACCUAUUCAACUGUAAUACAUGCAUUUUGCAAAAUGGGUAGCUUGGACAUUGCUAUGGACAAAUUUAACCAGAUGGUUGAUAUGGGAGUACGACCGAAUGCAGUUGUUUAUCAUUCCCUAAUCCAGAGUUUUUGUACACAUGGGGAUUUCGUGAAAGCAAAGGAAUUGGUUACUGAAAUGAGGAACAAAGGUAUGCGUCCUCCUGAUAUUAACUUCUUCCAUUCAAUAAUGCAGAACCUAUGCACAGAAGGAAGGGUAACAGAAGCACGGGAUAUCCUUGACUUGAUAGUGCACAUAGGUAUGAGGCCUGAUGUUCUCAUAUUUAGUUUACUGAUCGAUGGAUACUGCCUAGUCUCCAAGAUGGAGGAUGCAUCAAAAAUAUUUGAUGAUAUGGUGUCAUAUGGUUUGGAACCUUCUAAUAUUACGUAGGGUAUUCUUAUUAAUGGCUAUUGCAAAAACAGAAGGAUUGAUGACGGGCUGAUUCUGUUUAAAGAAAUGUUGCGCAAGGGACUUAAACCUACAACUUUUAAUUACAACGUCAUACUGGAUGGAUUAUUUCUGGCUGGACGAACUGUUGCUGCAAAGGAAAAGUUUGAUGAGAUGGUUGAAUCUGGAGUAAGUGUGUGCAUUGAUACAUAUUCGAUAGUUCUUGGUGGACUUUGUAGAAAUAAUUGUAGCGGCGAAGCAAUCACGCUAUUCCAGAAAUUAAGCACAAUGGAUGUGAAAUUCAAUAUUAUAAUUGUCAAUAUAAUGAUUGAUGCCUUCUACAGGGUUCAGCGAAACCAAGAAGCCAAGGAUUUGUUUGCUGCAGUAUCAGCCAAUGGUUUGGUAGCUAAUGUCUUUACCUACACCAUAAUGAUGAAAAAUCUUAUAAAAGAAGGGUCAGUGGAAGAAGCUGACGAUCUCUUUUUAUCAAUGGAGAAGAGCGGCUGUACUGCUGACUCUUAUAUGUUAAAUCUUAUUGUCAGAAUGUUACUGGAAAAAGGAGAGCUAGUCAAGGCUGGGAAUUAUAUGUCUAAAGUUGAUGCAAAGAGCUACUCACUUGAAGCUGAAACCGUUUCGCUGCUUAUCUCUCUCUUUUCAGGGAAAGGGAAAUAUAGAGAACACAUAGGAUUGCUCCCUACAAAGUAUCGGUUUCGUGAAGAAGCAGCCACAGUUUAGUUUGAUACAUGGUAAACUUUAGUUUGUUGCUUGCCUAGGCCUGCUAAAGUAUCCUUCUGCUUGUACAACAAAUGCAUUUACUAUAUGUAAGAAGAAAUUCACUAUAGAAGAAGCUCAGAACAAACAAAGCUGAAUCCAAACUUAAACAGAAGAUGUGCAGUAUGCUAGCCAAACACCUAUGGGAGAAGACAGACCUAGGCCUGCCAAAACAAAGCUGAAUCCAAACUUAAACAGAAGAAGCAGCAACAAACUGAAGAUGUGCAGUAUGCUAGCCAAACACCUAUGGGAGAGUGACAGGUGGCCGAGCCGUUCACCUCCUGCCAGUAUCCAUGGCUUGGCCUCACAUGGAAACGAGUCAACCAGUCCCUGGCGGUUUCAGGUGGCUCCACUGAAGAUGCAUUCAUUUCUCUGCCAGUGUGCCCCUUGUCAGCGCCUGUGUGCCCUUGUGUCUGUUUCAAGAAGGUAUUUGAAGAAGCUGAGCAGGAACCGGAGUUUGACCGGCUUGAGAUCUACGCUGCCAAAGCCAGAUUGAGAUCCUAGUCUUCUUUCCAUGUACAAGUUGAGCUGUAGCAGACUGUACGUUAGCCUUUUGUAUGUAUAUGCUUGCAUGGAUUAUGAGGUGUACAGCCUUGGUUUAGGGUCUGCCUCCAAAUUUUUUUAUCGAUGCAGCACCAUGUUGAGUUGAACCUCGUAACUUGGCUUAAUUAGAUCGUGCUGGUGAUAUCGCCGGGAAUCGAAAUGUUGAUGGCUUCAGAGUUUUUUUUAUUAAAAAGCAUACUAUGUGUUGUUGCACAAACUGGUGCAGAUCAAUGUUCAGAGUUAAUAUGGUUCUGCUGGUAAUUCUCAUUGACUGUCAGCCUGUUAUUUUUGGUUCCAUACUCUAUAUCACAGCGGUACGACUACAAUAAGGAUAUAUGGCUGAUGUAUUUGGAACAUCUUUGCCAUGGGACAGAGCUGAUAAAGUCAGUUGUGUCUGCACUUUGUGUGCAAUCUGGGCUAUGCUUUAAUUUUCUAUUCAUUUCCUUUUGACUUUGGUAGUACGUACAACAUCCGUAUCAAAAUAUAAGAUGUUUUGUAGGCUAAACUAGCCUAGAAAACGUCUUAUAUUUUGGUACGAAAGAGUACUAUUUUGCUAAUGAAAUCUGGGUCAUUAUCUUAUCCCCUUAAUCCAACAAAAGUGUGCCCUAACAUUGUUGAUUGGUUAAUUCAUC